AUGGAUAGCACUUUUGAAACAAUUCUAUCUACUCAUAAAGUAGCAGUCUUUAGCAAGGGAUGGUGCCCAUUCUGUCAAAGAGUCAUAGCAAGUCUUACAGAUGCAGGUAUCUCACACGAAGUUAUUGACUUGGACGAUCAUCCUGAAGGUUCUCAAAUAAGUACAGAUCUCAGAGGGAAGGUUGGUAGGACUUCAGUCCCACAAGUAUUUGUUGGAGGGGAGCUCGUUGGAGGAUGCGACGAUACUCUUGCAGGGAUGUCAGAUGGAUCAUUGAAAACAUUACUAGAUACCCAUGGAGUUGCUCAUGGACUUUAA